AUGUCUUUGACACAGAGCCAACACCUAUCUUGCGGGCAGUGUAGACGCCGUAAGACAAAAUGUGAUCGUGUCAGACCAGAGUGUGGUGCAUGCCACGAGGCCGGCACGGCUUGUGUAUAUCACGAUAGCAAAAAGCGUGGUCCUAAGAAGGGGCAACUCCAGGCGCUAAGGGACCGGAUAGCUUUACUCGAGGGACAACUUGCUAGACGGCCACAGUCGCACGAUCUUCCCCAGGGCACGCAAGGCACUUCACCGGAUAUAAGCUGCGGAUCCCUCGGUACAACCGACACUGACACUUCAGGGACCGAUAUGCUACUAUUAGACAAUAUGUUUAAUGACCUCUCACAGGAAGGGCCUAUGUGUGCGGAACCGAGUGCAAUGCAACUCGAGACAUUAUUCCUGCCCAUACCAAUACCCGAUUAUCAGAUAGAACAGCUUUUCUUCGAUCGCGUAUAUCCAUCUGCACCAAUCAUUCAUAAGCAUCAUUAUCUAUUGUGGGCAAGUCAAAAGGACCCUCCCCCAGCUUGCAACAGCCUUCGACUAGCUAUGCGUGCAUCCGCUGCCGCUUUCUCCGCACAGUAUGAAAGCAUUGGCGAGCUCCUUUACCACGAAGCCAUUCAAUAUUUGGAAAGCUUAGAUGAUUGUGAUGAUGGGCUGCCAUGGCCUACAGAGCAGAUUAGAAUAGAAAGGAUUCAAGCCUGGCUUCUACUCGGAGUAUAUGAGUGGAUGCACAAGGAAGAUCGCCAGACUGCAUACGCAGUAUCCCGGGCACUUCGUCUUGUUCAAAGAUCUCGCCUUGGCGAGCUGGAUGCCUCUAGCCAUUCAGCGCAAGAUGACGCACUGAGCCAACUAGAAGAGAAAAGACGUACAUUUUGGCUUGCUUUUUGUUUUGAUCGCCUUCUACACCAGAAAGACGAUAUGUCUUGGGCCUUGCAUGAAGAAACGAUACGACUGCGCUUGCCAGUACCAGAUCUCUGGUUUCAAAGUUCGGUGCAGAUCCAGAUGGGUUGUCUAACCGAGCUGAUGAGCGAUCUGACCACGGUUAACUUAUCGCCAUUUGCCCAGUGUGUCACGGUGGCAACCUUGUACGGUCGGUGUCUUACCCAUCGACGCCUGGUCCAUGGAACUCAACCUCAAUUCAAGAGAAUCAAUGAUAUACGAGCGCGACACGAAUGGCUUUCCAACGCUGCUGAGGAGUGUAUAAGAUGUAUCGAUGCCCCAGGCACUAAGGAAUUGCCAAGCGAAGAUCCUAUGCAGAUCUUCUCCCGUUCGUUUGCGCACUUACUGCCGAUCCAUCUCGCUGAGACUAUAGACAGUGUUCCUGCACAGAGUAUGGAAGAACAGGAAGUGAAGGAGAGGGCUUUACGGCGAGCUCAUGCAGCAGCAGCGGAAAUAGCACAGUGUUCUGCACACCACCAGUGUCCUACCAACUUCAAAAGUUCUAUGUUUAUGCCAGUUACAUUGAUUUCCGCGGUGCGAUAUAUCCAGGCAAGUCAAUACCAGCAUGCGAUUGAGACUGUGGAUAAAUCCCAACUCAACCUAGGAAUACUAUUGGAUGCGUUACAUGGGCUGAGAAGCAUCAAUGUCUCAGCCAGGUUGUUCCUCGAUUCAAUAAAGACAGAAGAGGCCGGGUUGGUCUGAUUCCGGCCCACAAGAGAGCAUCGUUCGUCCCACUUGGGAACUUUUACAGUCAAUUUUGCUUUUGUGCCAGAACGCUGCUGUAUAGUCUUGGGAACAGCAUAUUGUCAUGCUAGAAGGCUAGAAUACUGCCUAUAGUGCCAAAAAGUUUCGGCGUUGCAGGAGAUUUGGGACUUCAACGAUAGCAUUUCGGACAAAAGGUUUACAU